AUGCAAUUUUCUUUGAUGAUACUUGGCUCAAUGCCUAUUGCAUAUGCACUUCCAACUUUUCCUGGCGCCGGCAGCGGGUGCCCGUUCCAGUCAAUUCUACCACCAUCAACUUCAGCGCCAGGCUUAGAUGCAGCAUGCCAGCUAAAGCCUAAUCAUUUCACGUGGACACCACCAGGUCCUGGAGACUUACGCGCGCCCUGCCCGACGCUAAAUACUCUCGCCAACCAUGGCUUUCUACCUCACGACGGCCGCAAUAUCACUCUCGAUGUCGUCAUAAAAGGUCUUAAAGAUGCGAUGAAUAUUGGAGAAGACUUAGCAACGGCUGCCUUCACGCCAGCACUGAAGUUGAACUCAAUACCAAACGCAAAUUUCAUCGAUCUAGAUAUGCUGAACCGGCACAACGUCAUUGAACACGAUGGCAGUCUAUCACGCCGAGACAUGUACUUCGACCCGUCGAAUCGAUUCGACAAGGCGACUUUCGACGGUUUCGUUGCCUACUUUGGUGAUGCAACAACGAUAAGCACAGCCGCCAUGGCCAACGCCCGUGCAAGACACGCUCUAGCUAUGAGUCGUAUUAAUCCAAUAUUCACUCUUCCCGAAUCAUCCGCACCUUUGUUCUUGGGCGAAGCAUCCUUGAUGUUGGCUGUAUGGGGCUCUCCGAGCAAGCCGGUGGCCAACAGAGCGUUUCUCGAAUACUUUUUCAGAAACGAGCGUUUACCAGUAGUACUCGGUUGGGUUCCGAGCGAUACCCCCAUCACCUCAUCCAUCAUCUUGCAAAUCGCCAACGAUAUCGCCAAUCAGACACCUUCUGAUGUUCCUUUGACUUACACAGCACAGCACUCAUGA